UGAACAUGGCUUUCGUGCAGUGGCAAAGACCUCGGGAAUAAGUUUUUUAUUAUCUGUCGUUUAGUGUUGAUUAGGUACCCUGAAUAGGGCGCACACGGGCCGCUGAGGGACGAAAGAUGCUGCCGUUUCUUCGAAGCACCGGGCUCCUCGUGCCCAUCAUGGUGUCACGUGCGUGUGGGGCUUCGGCGGUGCGACUACAGCAUAAAUAUGCUCUGGCGCACGAAAAAGCCUUCAUCAAUGGUAGCUGGCGGCAGUCGAAAAGUGGGGCCACUUUCCCCGUGUUCAACCCUGCUAACGGAGAAGUAAUUUGCAAUGUCACUGACUGCUCCUCAGAGGAUGUUGAAGAUGCAGUCGAGGCGGCUGUUAUUGCCUUCAAGUCAUUCAAGGAGACUACAGCAAAGGAGCGGUCAGCAAUGCUACUGAGGUUUUACGAGUUGCAAAACAAGCACGCUGAAGACCUUGCCAAGCUCAUGACUGCCGAAAACGGCAAACCAAUGGUGGAAUCUCGCUCGGAGGUUGUUUACGGGGCCUCCUUCCUCGAGUGGUUCGCUGCAGAAGCCCGGCGAAUGUACGGCGAUUAUGUGCCCGCUCCUGUUAAAGGGAGGGAAAUGGUCUUCAUCAAGCAGCCAGUGGGCGUCACAAGCAUCAUCACACCGUGGAACUUCCCCAAUGCCAUGAUCACCCGCAAGAUCGGUGCUGCCCUGGCAGCGGGCUGCACGUGCAUCAUCAAGCCCGCACCGGAGACUCCACUCUCGGCACUAGCGCUGGCCCAGUUGGCCCAUGAAGCCGGCUUCCCACCGGGGACGGUGAACGUGUUGCCCAGCUCAGCGAAGAACACGCCCGGCGUCGGCCAAGUCCUGUGCAAGCACCACCAGAUCCAUGCUCUCUCCUUCACCGGAUCAUCGGCUAUUGGCAAGCUCCUGCUUGCGCAAUGUGCUGACAGCGUGAAGAAAGUGUCGCUGGAACUCGGAGGAAAUGCGCCCUUCAUCAUCUUUGACUCUGCCAACCUGGAGAGAGCUGUCAACGGAGCCCUGGCUUGCAAGUUCAGGAACACUGGCCAGACGUGUGUGAGUGCCAACAGGAUUCUGGUUCAAGAGGGCAUCCAUGACAAGUUUGUUGCUGCCCUUGCGGAGGCCAUUCAACAGAGGAUAAAGAUUGGCGACGGAUUUGAGCCGGACACCACCCUUGGCCCGCUCAUCAACUCCAAGGCAGUUGAAAAGGUUGAGCACCACGUGGCAGACGCCGUCGAGAAAGGAGGCAAGGUGCUCGUAGGAGGCAAGCGGCAUGCACUUGGAGGAAACUUCUUUGAACCGACGCUUGUCACUCAUGUUAACAGAAGCAUGCUGGUCUGCACGGAGGAGACCUUUGGUCCUGUGGCCUCAGUUAUCAAGUUCAAAACUGAAGAGGAGGCCGUAGAGCUUGCAAACUCCACCAGGGUUGGACUUGCAGGCUACUUCUACACUGAGAACAUUGCACAGGGCUGGCGUGUUGCCAAAGCACUCGAAGUGGGCAUGGUUGGCGUCAACGAAGGCAUAAUAUCCUGUGCUGAGGCAGCGUUCGGUGGUGUCAAGGAGUCUGGACUCGGCCGGGAGGGGUCGCGUUACGGGCUCGACGAAUUUACGCACAUCAAAUACAUCUGUUUCGGUGGAUUAGAGUGAACAUAUCACGUUUGAUUGAGGAUCACACUGUGGCUACCACAUAGGGACCACGUACGAGCGUCCAUCACAUUGGGAAUAUAAGCUCGAAGGUCAAAAGCCCUGCUUCCCCUGUAUUUGUUUAGAUGGUCAGCAUUGCUGCAUUAUAUGGCAGUUAAGAAAUUGCACUGUUUGUCUCUGGUCCACUCAUUGUGUUGCCCCUGAACAAACUGAGACAGAGUGGCAUGAUAUUUAUAUGAGCAUUUACUUGGCAGAAAUAUGAACAUCAAACAUACAUCAUUGGUGCUGUACGGUAUGUAUGGUAUGGACUACUGGUUAAUGGAAUGUUAAAUGGAAUGUGCAGUUAGUAUUCUGCCAUCGAUUUUUGCCGAGAUAAGAUGCAAAAGCCCACAGAUAAUUUUUUAUGUAUGCGCUUCCAAUUGACUGUAUCACCCACUUCUUCCUGAUAAAGGUGAAGAUAUGUUGCAGUUACAUUCGUUUUAUUACUGCAGGUUAGGUGUUCCUUUCAACAGUGGACCACAAUGUAGAUUGGGUGGAGCUGCAGCUAGGUUAUUUAGGUUAUGGCACCCAUUUAAUUAAUUUGAGCUCAGACUUGGCUGUGUACCUCUUCUGUGCUUAUAGAAUUGCCUCCCGCGCAGUAUGCCUAUGAUUGUCUGAAAAUAUGACUCAAGAAUUGUGUGUAUUACUUCCAGCAUGAUUACUGUGAUUACUCAUCAAAUACUGUCAUGGAGGGUGAAAUUUCAUUCCUGAAUUGUCUUCCAGUGCAAUAAAGUUAUUUGUUUUUGAAAAAAAAAAAAAAAAGU